AUGGGCCCCGGGGGCAGGGCCGGCUCAGAACAGGGACCCGACACCGGAGGUGCCUUUGCCGACCUGGGAGCCACGGAGCCGGCCUUCGGGCCUUUGUCCCAGGAAGUGGCCGACCCCGGGAACCGGGAACCAGAGGAGCCCACAUUCCGCUGUGACGUGUGUGACGAGCUCUUCCAGUCCAAGCUGGACCUGCGGCGACACAAGAAGUACGCGUGCGGCUCAGUGGGUGCCGCCCUCUACGCAGGCCUGGGCGAGGAGCUCAAGGCCAAGGGCCUGGGCGGCGGGGGGUCAACUUCAAGCCUGGAGCAGCACAUGGUCGUCCACACGGAGGAGCGAGAGUACAAGUGUGACCAGUGUCCCAAGGCCUUCAACUGGAAGUCCAACCUCAUCCGCCACCAGAUGUCCCACGACAGCGGCAAGCGCUUCGAAUGUGAAAACUGUGUGAAGAGGCCAGAGGUGGCCGCGGCUGCUAGGAAGGUCCUGGGUCCCGCCUUCUUCUCCCCUCCACACCCUGUCCCCACACUCAGGCCCCACCCAACCCGGGCUCCCGGAGGCACGGCCAUGCCAGUGGUGCCCACCGAGUUCCGCUGGGGCCUGGGCUACAUGCCCAGGACUGUCCGGGUGGCCGGGCCCAGUGAAAUAACGGAGGAGACAGCGGUCGAGCCAUGUGAGGUCUGCCACAAGUCCUACACGCAGUUCUCCAACCUGUGCCGCCACAAGCGCAUGCACGCCGACUGCCGCACGCAGAUCAAGUGCAAGGACUGCGGCCAGAUGUUCAGCACUACCUCCUCCCUCAACAAGCACCGGCGCUUCUGCGAGGGCAAGAACCAUUACCCGCCCGGCGGCCUCUUCUCCCCGGGCCUGCCCCUCACCCCGAGCCCCCUGGCCUGCCCGGCCCAGCUGUGCCCCAGCACCUCCCUGCACUACGCCAAGCCGUCGCCCUUCUUCAUGGACCCCAUCUACAGGGGCGCCGGGGCCACGGGCGACUCCAUCAAGGCCAUCGCGUCCAUCGCGGAGAAGUACUUCGGGCCCGGCUUCAUGGGCGUCCCCGAGAAGCGGCUGGGCGCGCUGCCCUACCACUCCGUGUUCCCCUUCCAGUUCCUGCCCGACUUCCCCCCCUCCCUCUACCCCCUCGCCGACCGCACCCUCGCCCACAGCCUGCUGGUCAAGGCCGAGCCAAAGCCUGUGCAGCAGCAGCAGCCCCCGCUCUCCUGUCCCCGAGCCCCCAGCACUCGGGGGGCAGGCACAAGAGAGAGGGGGUGGCUCCGGGGAGUCCCCCAGCCUCUCCCGUUCUCACGCCAACAGAUGUCGGCCAUUGAGACCAUGACGGAGAAGCUGGAGAGCUUCGCGGCCAUGAAGGCGGACUCCAGCGCCCUGCAGCCCCUGCCCCACCACCCCUUCAACUUCCGCUCCCCGCCCCCCACGCUCUCCGACCCCAUCCUCAGGAAGGGCAAGGAGCGCUACACCUGCAGGUACUGCGGGAAGAUCUUCCCCCGAUCCGCGAACCUCACGCGACACCUGAGGACGCACACCGGGGAGCAGCCGUACAGGUGCAAGUACUGCGACCGGUCCUUCAGCAUCUCCUCCAACCUGCAGCGGCACGUCCGCAACAUCCACAACAAGGAGAAGCCCUUCAAGUGCCACCUGUGCAGCCGCUGCUUCGGGCAGCAGACCAACCUGGACCGGCACCUGAAGAAACACGAGCACGAGCACGCGCCAGUGAGCCAGCACUCCGGGGUCCUCACGAACCACCUGGGGACCAGCGCCUCCUCCCCCACCUCUGAGUCCGACACCCACGCACUUUUAGACGAGAAGGAAGACUCCUAUUUCUCUGAAAUCAGAAACUUCAUCGCCAACAGCGAGAUGAGCCAGGCGUCGGCGCGAACAGACACACGGCCAGAGGUCCAGGAGCUGGAUGGCACCGCGCCGUGCCCAGGCCUGGCCAGCGGGAAGCCGGAGGACGGCGAGGAGGAGGAGGAGGAGGAGCUGGAGGAGGAGGACGAUGACAGCCUCGCGGGGAAGUCCCAGGACGACAACGUGUCCCCCGCGCCCGAGCCCCAGGGCGCUUACGAGGACGAGGAGGACGAGGAGCCCCCCGCCUCCCUGGCCGUGGGCUUCGACCACACCCGAAGGUGUGCUGAGCAGCCGCCGGCGGGCGGUCUCUUAGCUUUGGAGCCGAUGCCGACUUUUGGGAAGGGGCUGGACCUGCGCAGAGCAGCCGAGGAAGCGUUUGAAGUUAAAGAUGUGCUUAAUUCCACCCUAGACUCUGAGGCUUUAAAACAGACCCUGUACAGGCAGGCUAAGAACCAGGCGUACGCAAUGAUGCUGUCCGUCUCCGAGGACCCUCCUCUCCGCGCCUCCGCCCAGAGCCCCCUGGAUGCGUGGCUGAGUAUCACGGGACCCGCGCCCGAGGCUGGAGCCUUUAACCCCAUCAACCACCUCUGACCGGCCCGGGGGGCUGGGGCUCGCGAGGUGACCUCGGGCCCA